AUGCGGAGCCCUCCCGGACCGUCCAAGACGACUGUCGACGUCCUCGGUCCGCCGUCCCCGAGUCCUGCGUACAUGCCUAGGGGCGUGCUUCUCGAGCCCGAUGUGCGCAAAUCAGUCUUACCACCGACACCUGACCCUUCGCCGCCAGCGCGACUGUUCCCGACCGCCAUGGUUGCCUUGGCUCCACCGGCAGACGACAACAGCAAUGACUCAUCAGCGAUCUACACUUCUUCUGCGAUGGAGAGUUCCGCUUCGAGCUCUUCGUCGUCGCACUCGACGAACGAGAGCCGCUCGCCGGGAUUGAUCGACGCGAACUCGAACUCUUCAGUGCAGCUUCAGCGAUCACCGUCGCCAAGGAAGCCUGCCAGGCGAGGCAUGUCCAGAUCGGAGACGGCACCCAACCUCGCCCCAGGCAGCAACCGCAACUCGUUCAGCCGAGUCAAGUCGUAUGACACGAAGGAGCGCGAACGUGAGCAGCGCGACCGCGAUCGACGGAACCUCGGACGGCGGCAGACCACGGCUGGCCACCCUGGACAACCCACUUCUGUCCGUAUGGUCGAGAGCCGGAGCGCGGACUCUCGGACUCGCCUCCGUUCAACUGGAGGACCGAAGCUUACGCGCUACCCGACUCUGGCGACUGAGUACCCCAGCGCGCGGCUGCGGCGGACAGUGACGCACGACAACUCGUCCCCGUCCACGCCGCCUCCCUCCGCCGCCUCUGCACGCCCCCACAGCCACCACUUGACCCUUGCCGAGCCCGAGCAGCUCGACUUUGGAGGACCAAAUGGCCUCGAGGCCAAGCUUGUCCUGCUCGGAUCGCAAGGCGUCGGUAAGACGUCUCUGAUCCUGCGCCUCACGACCGGGACCUUCAACGCGGAGCGCGCGUCGGCGUCGGUCGAGGGAUCCGUGUACAAGCGCAAGCUGGAGCACAACGGACAUCCGAUCAAGCUGCAGAUCUGGGACACGGCCGGACAGGAGCGCUUCCGAUCGAUGGCGCCGAUCUACUACCGAGGUGCACACGUGUGCAUCCUCGUGUACGACAUCUCGGACCGCAAGAGCUUCCAGGACGUGCAGUCGUGGCUGGACGAGCUCAACCACAAGGCGUCCAAGGAUAUGAUGAUCUACGUCGUCGGCGCCAAGCUGGACCUCGGAUCCCAGCGUGCUGUGACUUUGUCUGAGGCGAGCCGCACGAUCCGGCGGUGGCUGAAUCCGGCGCCUGAGCCCGAGCCCGAGCCGGAAGAGGUGCUCGCCCCGACUCGCAGCCUGUUCCGGAGCACAUCGACAACGCGUCCUCGCAGCGACUCGAUGUCGCUCCCGUCGCCGCAGAGAAGGCCGCACUCGAUGCACGGGCUCGCUUCGCUCAUGCUCGCUGCGACCGACUUUGACUUUGACCUCAGCGCCAGCACGAGCGGCAGCGGGUCGCAGGCACCGACGCUCGUCGCACCGAGUCCCGCGCCGACGGUCCACUUCCCGCCCUCGCUCGUGACGCCGACCAGCAUCCCGGGCGUGCCCACCAGUGCGAGCAGCACGGCGUCUGUCGCGGGCAGCGUCGGCUCUCCGCCCAGCACGGGCAUGUACCGACGGCAGCAGCGUGUCAGCUUCCACGGCCCUGCCCUUGCGGAGCCGACGAGUGCGACGACGGCCGAGACAGCAGUCGCCUCGACAGCUAACGGCUCGAAGCAUCGGCUGUCGACGAGCCGCUUCUCCCUCAGUGGCAUGUUAGGACUCGCGCGAAGCCCGACAUCCGACGCCGUGGCCAACUUAUCGCACCUGGCCGACGCGAACCCGGUCGUGUCGCCGCGCAGCCCGCGACCUUCCCUCUCGCCUGGAGUCCGCGUUCGCACCGAGUCGAGCCCGCUCUUGGACGGUAAGCGGCGGAGCGAGGACUGGAGCGCAACUGGCCCUGGCUGGGGACGCGGCGAGGGACCCUCGGCCGCCGACGCGCUGGAAGAGUUUGGUGCCGCUGCCGCCUCUGCGACAACCUGGCAGAGCCAGUCCGCGCAGAGCUCGCCGUGGGCCAUCUCGCCUGCGCCGUCCUCGCUGCCCGUCCCGCGCACCCGCCUCCGCGGCGGCAGCCUCGGGCGUGACACGCGGUUAUUCGAGGACGAGUCGUCCGACGACGAGCCCGACGACACGUGGGGCAUCGACAUUGGCUCGGUCCGCGUCGGCGAGGUGUCGAGCCUGACUGGCGAGGGCGUCGAGAGCCUUCUGCGCAGCAUCUCGGCGCAGCUCAUCGAGCGCAAGGACAAGAUUGAGCGCGAGCACACGCUCCGCAGGAAAAACAGCGUCAUGCUGACCGACCCGGCCAAGGACAAGCGGCCCGCGAAGAAGGGCGGUUUCAGCUGCUGUGCGUAG